ACAUUCUAAAAGGUGUAUCGAUACUGCCACACUAAAAAAUUGACCUUCAGAUUCUUGUUUUCAUCAACAUCGUUCUGAUUAAACAUGGCUUUGCGGCUCAGUACAGUAUUGCGUACUUCAACGUUACGUUUGAUGAGUGCACGGUCAUUAAGUGGUGGACAGUUAGGUGAUGGUGCUGGAAAAGGAGGUGGCUCUGGCGGUGCAGUAAGGGAAGCUGGUGGGUCAUUUGGUAAAAUGGAAGCUGCAAAGGAGGAGCAAUAUUUUCGCCAAUUGCAAAAAGAACAAUUUGAAAAAAUGAAGGAAUUGUUGGAAGAUGAAGUUUCCCACCAUGAACGCCAAAUAAGACAGCACAUGGAGGCCAUUGAGCACCACAAGAAAAAGAUUGAUCGUCUCCAUAAAAAGACAAGUGGGAGUGAUUCAGAUUAAAUUGAUAGCAGCUGGUUGCUGAAGUCAUAAAACCAAGUGAAUGGCAAAAGUUUGCAAAUUAUCUCGUUACAGUUUUUUCUACUUGGAUGUAUGAGUAUAGUUUGCUGUUCUUGAUGUAUAUUGCCUUUAAAUUUAUUGUAAUUGUUAUUCAGUUGUAAACUAGAAUAAAUGUGUGUGAUCCAUUACAAUUUA